AUGGCCUCCUAUCUUGAGCAGCCGACCGAGGCAGCCUCUUGUAGCUCCAGCACAGGGACACCGGUUAGCGCGCAGUAUACUCCAGAUUCCGGAACAACUGACAAUGAAAAUGCGUCUUCGAGUUCUGAACGGCCGCCAGCUGGGUUGUUGAGAUUGCAAACGGACUUUCGCGCAGAAGCGGACACUAAUUCCGACGAUGAGGGCCAACAUGAAGGCUACGAUUCCUAUGACGAUCAGGAAGCGAAGCCCAAAGAGGCUGUAGGCGAUGCAAGGUACACGACAGCGGAAGAAAAGCAAGUCGUGAAGAAGUUUGACCGCAAGCUGGUUCCAUUCUUGGCCCUCCUCUACCUGCUCUCGUUCCUGGAUCGUUCGAGUGAGUUGUUCACUGUUUCGGAACUGAAACAGUACAUCAAAUGGCUGACUGUUGCAGAUAUUGGAAAUGCAAAAAUUGCUGGGCUCAUGGAUGAUCUGCGUCUUUCAUCUUCACAAUAUGAAUGGCUUUUAACAGCUUUCUACAUCACGUAUAUCCUCUUUGAGUGGAUGACCCUCAUGUACCGGAUCGUUUCUCCCCACAUCUACAUCUCCCUGUGUGUAUGCGGAUGGGGUCUUGUUGCAUCCUUCCAGUCACUGGCUACUUCAUUCAGCACCCUCGUGGUUCUGCGAGCCUUUCUAGGCAUCACGGAAGCGGCAUUUGGCCCUGGCGUGCCGUUCUAUCUCUCCCUGUUCUACAAGCGGGAAGAACUCGCUUUACGAAACGGACUGUUUAUCUCAGCGGCUCCCUUGGCGACUUCAUUCGCGAGUAGUCUCGCAUGGCUGAUUGUCAAGGUCAGCAGUAAUGGCCCCAUUGCACCGUGGCGGACGCUUUUCCUGGUCGAAGGAUUUCCCAGUGUGUUUGUUGCGGUCUUUGCGUGGAUACUGAUCCCUGACUCGCCUGAGAGCGCUCGUUUUCUUGAGCCCAGAGAGAGAAUGGUAGCCAAGUUACGGCUGGGAGAGACCAGGUCCGACUAUUGUGGGCCCGAUUCCAGGAAGUUCAAUUGGAGGGAAGUCGCCAAGGCGUUGUCGGAUCCCAAAUCUUAUGUGACAGCUCUGCAAUGUCGCUUUCAGCUCCAUGCCUGUGUUCCUGCCCACCAUCAUAGAAGAGUAAGCCCUGGAAUGAGUAACCCAGUUGAUCAAUGCACUCAUUUUAACAGCAUGGGCUACUCCUCCCUCUCCGCUCAAGCCCUCUGCGCACCUCCUUACCUCAUCGCCUUCAUGGUAGUCCUUGCAACAGCAUACCUAUCCGACCGGCACAGAAGCCGCAGCCCCUACCUCAUCGCCCACGCCCUGAUUUCUUCAUUCGCCUAUCUCGCCAUCGCGGCUACAGGCUACUACCAUGAGCACCUAUCCGCCGGCGUCCAGACCUUUAUCCGAUACGCCUGCGUCUACCCCGCCACGUCAGGCUUCUUCUCUGCCAUCACCCUCAUCAUCACGUGGACGAUGGACAACCGCGCCGCAAAGGAAGGCAAGGGAGCCAGCAUGGCGAUCCUCAACCUCAUCGGGCAGUGUGGGCCGCUACUCGGGACGAGGCUGUACCCGCGCAGUGAGGGCCCGUGGUACGUACGCGGGAUGGCGACGUGCUCUUUCUUCAUGGUCGUGGUGGCUGUCCUUGCGAUCGUGCUGAGAGCCAUGCUGCAGAGGGGGGUUCGUGCAGCGGAUCGGAAAGGAGAUGCUGACGGUGAGAUGGAAACGCGGCGGGUCCUUAUGGAUGGAAAUCAGUUCAAUCACAGUGUUGAAGAGAGAUUUGUGAAUAUUCUAUAA